AUGCCGAUGUGCCUCUCUCUGUCUCACCCAAAGAAGCACAGGAGAAAAAGCUCGGCAAGUAUCCAGGAACUUUCCGAGAAGGUCAAAGAGCAGCUGGCUGAGGCUGAGCUUCGGAAGCUGAGGCCGCAGCUCAGGGAGAUGGUGGAACGUCGGAAGUCCUUUAACUUCCGCUCCCAGCAGAAAAUCUCAAACCAGCACAAAGAAAUCAAGGCCCUGCAGGGAGAGCAGAAUGAGAUCACUCUGCUUUCGAGUCUCAUCAAGUCCUCAAAGAACUUGGCUCUGAAUGAGAAAAACUAUAUGGAGCUGUGUUUCCUGCUGCAGACCAAGGAGUAUGAGGCCCUGAUUAAAUCAACGAAAGUGCUGUUGGCCGAACUGAACGAGAAGAUUGUUCAGAUGGAAAAGAAAAUUAUAAACCAAAAACAGAUCUUCACAAAGAUACAGGAAGCCAAUAAUCCCCGGAAACUGCAAAAACAGAUCCAGGUUUUGGAAACCCAUUUGAAUCUCGUCACCAUGCACUUUGAUAAGAAGCUGACCACCAAUGCCAAGCUCCGGAAGGAGAUUGAGGACCUGCGUUAUGAGAAGGCUGCUUAUGACAAUGCUUAUCAGAAGCUCCAGCGACUGCUGGAGCGACAGAAGCUCUGCUUGCUGAUGCAAAAGAAAACCAUGAAUGUGGCCAUCGAGCAGUCUGCCCAGGCCAAUGAGCAGAGGCUGGAGGCCGUGGCUCGCUUGAAGGACCGCCAGCAGAAGGACAUUGCUCAGUACAACCUGGAGAUCCAAGAGCUGGAGCGUGUCUAUGCCCACGAGACCAAGCUCAAAUCCUUCUUGCUGAUCAAGCUGAAUGAUCGUCUGGAGUUCGAGGAGCAGGCCAAAAAGGAGGAAGCUCUCAAGGCAAAGAAGCACAGGAAGACGGGCAAGGGUGAGAGUUUUGAGAACUACGAGGUGGCCCACCUCCGGCUGCUGAAGUUGACCAAAGAUGGGAACCUGAAUCAGCUCAUUGAUGACUUUCUGGCCAAAGAGGAGAAGAACUUUGCUCGGUUCACGUAUGUCACGGAGCUCAACAAUGACAUGGAGACCAUGCACAAGAAGACCCAGAGAAUCCAGGAUGAGAUCAUCUUCCUGCGAUCCCAGCAGAAAUCAUCCCAUGAUGACAACCGCUCCGCCCUGAAACAGUUGGAGGAGAAACUGAAGAAAACCACAGAGGAGGCGGAUAUGUAUGAGAACAGCUACAAGGAAAUCAACAAGACCUUGGAGUAUCUCAAGAACUCAGUGGAAAAUCUGUUUAAAAAGAUUAAUUGUGAUGCCACCGAGAUCCUGGGGCAUUUAGGGGAGACAGGGAAAAUCACUGACAACAACCUCCCACAGUACUUUGCCAUCGUUGAGAAGAAGACCAACGAUCUGCUGCUGUUGGAGUCCUACAAGCGGAUCUUGGAGCUGGAAGGGGCAGAGACAGACAUCCCGCCGCCCUUCGUCCACCCUUUCUGGGGUAGCUCCGCCCUCCUCAAGCCUGCAGAACUGGUCAAGGUCAUCCCCCCAGUGCUCGGGGCUGACCCCUUCAGCGACAAGUUGGAUGAAGUGGAUCAGCCCCUGGACCACAGCAGCCUUCAGCAGCUGGUGCUCAGCAACCAGUUUCGAAGCAGGGGAUUACACUCAGACAGCAUACCAGAAAAGGGGGACGAUCUGAGACUCAAGAAGAAGUUAACGGUCUGA